GAAACACCUACCAUACGUUUCUCGUCUGAUCUGACUCAUGCCCUUCAUUCUGCCUCCUCCUUUAUCCAAGAUUCUGAUACCCCAGCCCCUUCCGGUCCAAACAAGGAGGGAUGGAUUAUAGGUCCUGAAGGACGGCUGCUCCUCUGGAUCCCGCUCACUUUCUACUCAGGCCCUAUGUAUGCCCCAGGUAACACACUAGUGAUACCCAACAAUGCCCUACAGCUGGACUUGAGUCGUGUUGCACAUGGCACAUCAUGGCAGAAGUGUCGCGAACAGUAA